ACUUAGUGAUAAAACUACUCUUCCAAAUUGUUACUAGUUUGUUAGGUUAGUUGACAAAGAAAGCAAAAAACAGUGUACUUCUGGUGAUCAUUUUUAGUUUAGCAAAAUUAUAUAUGGAGAAGUCAAAGCAAGUGGUUGGUUCCUCUUCUUCUUCCUUCACAACCGAACUCUUUGGACCUAAAGAGCCCUCAAACUCCUCCCUCUUUGGUUCCGUUUUUGGUCCACCUUCCACGGGACUUAGAAGAGAUCCCAUUCACGCUGUGGAUAAAAGUAUAUCAAGAACACAAGAAGUAGGGAACCAAUAUGGCAAUGCAAAAUAUGGGACUUCAGAUAAUGGAUCCAAAAGAAGCAGGGGAGAAAAAGUAGAAGCAGCAUGUAAUUUCAGCUCUUCUAUCUAUUAUGGUGGCCAAGAUAUUUAUUCUCCAAUUAAUACCCAGCCACCUUGCUCUCAGAGUAAUAUUGUGAAGAAAGAUGGUGGAGGUGAUGGUUCAAACUCUGCUUCAAGAGGAAAUUGGUGGCAGGGAUCACUGUACUACUAAGGCCUUGCCUUUGUCCAUGUAAAUCUCCUCUGUAAUAACUUAGUCAGGAGAUAAGAGAUCAAAGCAUUUUUCACCAACAAGGAGUAGCAGAUAUUACAACAUUUCAGUCCCUCUUUUUGCUUUUUCUUCUUUCUUUUUUUUCCAAUUGUCAUUUGGUUGAACUAAGCCAAGGUUGCACAUGAGUUAAUCCUUCUUGCAGUUACUAAACUUUUGUAUUUAUCUAAUUAAUCUAAAUCCAACUUAUUGUUGGGAAAAA